GUCAGCGUUGCACUCUGGAAGAUUGUGGUAUCACGUGAAUGUACUUCCCAGCGAAGAUCAAGUGACUAUUGUGUAUUGUUUUCUUUAUCGUUCUAAUUUUGUUCCGAUUUUGUUCCUGAGUGAUCACAAGUAUUGCAGCUACGAUAACGAAAUUAUAUCAAUUGGUAGCAACGGGGUAUUUUCCUACGAACUCUCGAUGGAAUUUUUGGAACUUAGUAAUCCGUAAGCACAUGGGAAAAAAUGAAGAAAAAAAUUUACGCAACGUAAAAAUAGUAUGCUGGACAAUGGCAGUUUUUUUUAACUUUCCGUUUCAUGCUCCGACUCAAGUUUAUCGUAUUUAAGGAAUGACAGUAAUUACGGAUGAGAGCAUGCUUGAUUUGAGAACUCCCAUUCAAAAUUUUUAUGCCGAUCAAAACAUAUUUAUCACAGGAGGGACCGGUUUUUUGGGCAAAGUAUUAAUUGAAAAAUUGUUAAGAAGCUGCCCGGAUAUCGUCGGUAUAUAUGUUCUAAUACGACCAAAGAAGGGCAAGGACAUUCACAGUCGUUUAGAAGCUAUUUUCGACGAUCCCAUGUUCGACCGUUUGAAAAAAGAAAUCCCAAAAUUUCGUCACAGAAUCAUAGCGGUGGAAGGUGAUUGCACUUUGCCAGGACUAGGUUUGUCACCAGUGGACCGAGAACUAUUAUUACGAGAAAUAUCCAUCAUUUUUCACGUUGCCGCCACAGUCAGAUUUGACGAGAAGUUGAAACAAGCGGUGGCCAUAAACAUUAGUGGAACUAAAGAAAUUUUGGAAUUAUCCAGAUGCAUGCGUAGUCUGAAGGCGGUCAUCCAUGUUUCAACGGCUUACAGCAAUUGUAAUCUAAGAGAGAUUGAUGAAAAAUUCUACUCACCACCAAUUACAGGAGAUAAUAUCAUUAGGCUAGUUCAAAGUCUAAACGAAGAGAAGCUGGAUGCGAUUACGCCAGCGUUGCUUGGCAACUUUCCAAACACGUACACUUACACUAAGUGCACUGCUGAGCAAGUUAUUCAACAAUAUGGAAAAGAUCUUCCUGUAGGAAUAUUUAGACCAGCAAUAGUGAUCUCGUCUUAUGCUGAACCAAUUGAGGGAUGGGUCGAUAAUAUCAGUGGAGCAACUGGUGCACUUGUUGGUGCUGGUGCUGGAUUGAUAAGGACACUCAAUAUCGAUCCAGAUUGUACGGCAGAACUAGUGCCAGUUGAUUACUCUGUUAACGCGUUAAUCGCAACUGCAUGGGACGUCGCAAAUAAUAAGAAUAACGAAGCAAAUCCACCCAUCUACAAUUAUUAUUCGUCGUCGAGCGAGAAUGUGACUUGGGGACAGUAUAUCAAUUUAGCAAUGAAAUAUGGGAAAACAAUGCCCAGUUUGAGGAGUAUGUGGUGUUACAGUGUAACCGUUGCUAAAAAUUAUUACGUCUAUUACAUAUUGAGUGUCUUACUUCACGUACUACCUGCACUUAUUAUUGACAUAGGUCUUUUCCUUACGGGGCAUAAAACCAGAAUGUUAAAGAUUUACAAAAAAAUUCACAAGUACUCCAUGGUGACGACAUAUUUUAGUACGAAUAAAUGGAUUUUCAAGAAUAACAAUACUAGAACAUUGUGGGAGACGUUGAAUGACGAAGACAGAAAUAUAUUCUUCUUCUCUAUGGAUCAUUUCGAUUGGGAAGAUUAUAUGAAAAAAUGUGUCGCAGGACUUCGACAAUAUAUUUUCAAAGAUGACCUCAGUACUGUGCCUGCCGCUAAAAAACGCAUGGCAAGGUUGCUCAUCUAUCAUAGGAUCAUUAAAUACACAUCAAUAGGGUUGUUCGUGUGGUUCAUAUACUCCGUGAUUGCUUUGCUUCCAUUGAUUAAUUCAAUAAGCGUGUUUAGCAUGUCGGUAAGUGAAAGUGUUACCGUACGAUAAAAUAUAUUUCAACGUGACUCGGAUCGGUUAUGUAGAUAUCUCAUAGAAAUAUCGAGCGGUUGAAAUGUCGGCUGCAAGAAACAAUUUCCUUUUUUGUGCUGGAUAGAAACUUCUAUAUACCAGAAAUGAUAUGCUUAAAUUCAUUCCUUACCGACCGUCGGUAUUAUAACGUUAAAUUUUAAAAUGUACAGUAUUUUCGAUUCAGAGAAUAUGAUUGCAUCGAUAACAUGGUGUAACGUGGAUACUUGACAAUUUUGUAAAGACUAGAAAAAAUACGUACACGGACACACCUUAAAUUUGGAGCACUUAAUUUCUGCGAUUGAAAACGCCAUUUAAAAACCUAUACUUUAUGUCGUAAUAAUGUUACCAAGAAAUAGAAUGGAUAAAGGGUGUGUAAUAGAAUAAAGAACGACAUAAGCAUUAUUGUUUGAAUCAAGUGUUACAAAUCAAUUUUACAAUAGUUAGUAGUUUACAAAUGUUAGUAAUAUAUGGAACAAUUAUUCGAUUUUGCGAUAUGAAUGCAUAAUUUAUCUGAAUGUGUAUAUAAUUUAUAAAAAGAUGUAAGUACAGUAUCAAUUUGUCAUAUAUUGUCAAAAGCGCAAAAUUAGGACUCUUUUAUUGACUGUUUACUCAUAAACGUAUAAUUUUAUUUGUUAUAUUGCUAUUUCAUAGAUAUUAUUGAAUACUCAUAUUAUUUUAAGAACAGUGUAUAUUGUAAGAUUUUCGUUGGAAGAAACGAUAUAUUUAAAUUUGAAUAAAAAAUUUUACAAA